CGGACGCGACUCGUCGCGCCACCACACGACGCCUCUCUCCCGUUCACCCGUCCCGAUUCCGGAUCACUCCCUCUCCUCUCCUCUCUUCUCCACUCCCCCGCCGAGAUAUUUCACGCGGCCCGCCCGCCAUGUCGCUGCUCGCCGUCGUCACCAGCCGCGCCGCGCCCGUGCGCCCGCUCCGCGCCUCGGCGGCCUCGGGAGAGGCGGCGGCGGCCGCCGCGGACCAGCCGGGGGAGCGGAGGCCGGUCAAGAUAAUACUGCCCAAGAAGAAGCCGCAGAAGUGGUCCACGGGGAUGGAGCCGGGGUCGUACGGCGGCGGCCCGACCACCAUCAAGCCGCGCAAGUACUGGAUGGGGAAGGAGGACCGCGACCCCAUUGGCAACACCGACGACUUCAUCUGGAACAAGAACUUCCUCCCCCACAUGGAGCGCGUCAUCGCCAACGGCGGUACGGACACGCCCGCCACCAUCCCCCGCGUCACGCCGGCGGACGAGGACUCAGGGUUUCUAAGCUUCAACCGCGCAAUGGACCUUGACAGUGUGGAUGUUGAUCUGAGCAAGGAGCUUAUGGCACCGGCCAAGUCAAUCUUGCAGACGCAGCUCAAGGCUGCCCGCCGUGGUCGAUCCACUAGCGUUGAGGCUGUCAAUAGACCCACCUACAUUAGAUGGAAGCUAGCUCCGACUCGACGGGAGCAGGAGCAAUGGGACCGAGCGACCAGGGCAACCACCGGUGGCAUUGAUGUCAUACUAAGGGAGUCGCAGCAGAAAGUGCAGCUGAAAGGGGACCCUAAGGUGGUGGCAGCUGAGGCCAGAGAGCAAUACCUGAAGUUGAAAGAAAGGUUGCAGCUGCUUACUUUAGGUAUUGGUGGCGUCGGGGUGGUUUCUGCUUAUGUUUCAUACACUCCUGAAAUUGCUGCGAGCUUUAGUGCAGGGCUGAUUGGAUCUCUGGUGUAUCUCCGCAUGCUUGGAACCAGUGUGGAUUCUUUAGCGGGUGGAACUAAAGCAGCUGCCAAGGGCGCUGCGGCACAGCCAAGAUUGCUUAUUCCAAUGGUUCUUGUGAUGAUGUACAAUCGAUGGAAUGCGAUACUGGUUCCAGAGUACGGCUUCAUGCACCUGGAGUUGAUACCCAUGCUCGUUGGGUUCUUUACCUACAAGAUUGCUAUGUUUACUCAAGCGAUUCAGGAAUCAGUACCUGAUGCUGGAAACCGCGAAGUUUGAACACUGUUUUGGCUAAUAGAAAAACAAAGAGAAGGUCUUAUUAAAGGUUUUAGAAGAGUCUAAUCUGGGGCCUGGAGAUGCCGCCAGGUACGUAGAUGAGAUGCACGCUGAGGCUGAGGAUACUGUCUGAACAUAUUACCAACAUUCCGCGGAGAAAGUUUACUUUGUUGACUGUACAAAAGGGAGUUGGCCAACACAAAUUCAAGUUCCGUGUAGUGUACACCUUUGAACUUUUGGUGCACUGACCCCGACUCCUAUGGUUGAGCUGGCAUCUAACAUUAUUUACGCAAGGAGGUCGGCAGGAUUCGGAUCAGUACAGAAUGUAAAUAGCGCGAGCUGUCAAUAUACUAGCUCGGGAAGCUCUAUAUUUUACAAAGUGCUAAAAAAAUGAUAUAUUUCAA